ACCAGUGAUGCCGACCGUCCGAAUGACUAAGGUUACGGGCAGUUUUCUUUUUCCGCUGUUUUCCAAUUUUAAAGUUUUUCGGGAUUAGUUUUAUGGUCAAUUCUUUGUGCAAUUAGUGCUUCGCAUCAUCCCAGCUACGGAUUUAAGUGUUUAUAUCUACGCAACGUCUGUGUUUCUCGUGUGGCCGUUACAUAAAUCCGAGAGUUUGGUCCGCUGCCGCCAUCUUGCCUACUGUGUUAAUAAACUGCUUGGUGGCAUACGUUUGCCCGUCGAAUUUCAAUCAUGUCUCGUGUUAUUUCGUGUUUUUCGGAAUUCGGUUCAUUUUAGCGUUUUCAGUGCUUUCUGUUAUGGUGUUUUUCCUAAUCGAGUGGUGAAGUGCCCGGAUAUUAUGGUGCUUUUCACGGUGAAUGCUUUGGGAGUAGGCUAAACGCGACAACCUACUUGUUUGCAAUUUGAUCCCUUACCGCGGCCUGUGCAAGUUGUUCGUUAAAUAUAAUCGCGUCGAUCGUGUUUUAUGUACUUUCGAGCUUCGUAGCUCGCUCAAUUUGAAUAUAUUUUCACGGAAUAUGACUCGGAAGUUCGCUUAAUCUAUCGCGGAGUUUCUACCAUGGCCCAUAUACUUCGGAAGGACCCGGACACCUACCGUCGCGAGAAGGAGAGUUUCCUUCGCGAUUUGGUUCAGUUUCACGAUACUCGAGGGACUGCGUUUCGGAGAACCCCUAAGAUUAAUGGCAAAGAAAUUGAUCUUUUCCUUCUGUACAAUUUGGUCACGUCUAAUGGAGGAUGGGUUAAGGUCAACAGCCGAAACGAGUGGGAAGAUCUCCUGGUGAAUUUCAACGUUCCGAAAAACUGUGUGAAUAGCUCAGUGGCACUGAAACAAAUCUAUCUAAGGUUCUUGGAUAGGUACGAGAAAGUGCACUUUCUGGGGGAAACGGGGGAUCACGGAGACGUGGAGGACGAAGACAGUCGGCAUCGCAAGUGGUCCGCCAGGGCCUUCAACUCAGUUCCUUUAACCUACAACUACCACCAACACAAUAUAACCGAUGCAGCGCGUGAGGUUAACGGAUUUUCCAAGGACCUGUACCGGCCCUCGGAGUAUGACAAGUUGGCACUAUCCAUUCUAUCUCCUUUACCAAAUGAACAAGACUUUGCAAUAAAUGUUUGUACACUACUUUCGAAUGAGGGGAAGCACACGCUAAAACUAGAAAAGCACCCAAGAAUACUCCAUUGCCUCCUAGCCCAUGCUGCAGUUUUCAAUCACCAAUCGAUGCGAGAUUUCUUCGAAGAUCACUACAAAAAUGUGAGAGGACACUCGGUGAAACACUUUUGGAGUGACGUGCUGGGAGACAAAGCUCUUCUUCCCCUUCUGAACGAAAGCAAAUUUGUGCGGCGGAAAAAGGGCAAACUUCUGGCGUGCGAGGAAUCGAAAGAGAAAGAAGAGCCGAUUAAAAUGGAUGUGGAGGCUGACUCAGGCUUAGUAGAUCUAGCAAAUAGUGCGGAUAAAACCAGUGACGACACGGAUGUGGAGGAAGUUGAUUGUGAUAGUGGUAGUGAAAGCAAGUGCAAAAUUAAUCUAAAAAUUACCGAUGACGAUAAAGAAUUGUUCUGUGUCGGGAGGACGUUGGGUAUGCAAGACUACGUCGGUCAGCGUGUACUUCAAAUCGCAAUGGUAUUACGGAAUCUGUCUUUCACAGAGGAAAAUUUAAGUUUGUUGUCGAGCGAUGUGCAUUUUAUCAGGUUUAUGUUGCUGUGUUGUGGUGCAAACUGGGACUGUCUACAUCAGGUCGGACAUGAUAUGUUGGCGAACGUUGCGGUAGAUGUCAAACUAGAGGAACCGUUCGUUGACCAUGUGUUAAGGGUAGUCAACAAUGGAAUCCACUCGCAGGAUCGGGCUGUGAUUCUUUCGUCCAUUGAAAUACUCAAUAAGCUGGGUCAGAACGAAGACAAUGAAGAACUACUGCAAAAAUGUCUUCAACAGAAGGUCUAUGAAAGGAUAUGUUCUUUUCUGACGCUUCAUGAUAUCAUGUUACUUGUAUAUACCUUAGAAUGUUUAUAUUCCUUGAGUUCUCUCGGGGAACGUGCAUGUAACGCUAUCAUGCACGUUCAUGGUGCAAUCGAUACCUUAGUCUCUCUUGUCACUGUUGAGGCGCAGAGUUACGGUCCAAAAGCGUGCAUUCUGAUGAGGGUGGUCGAAACUGUGUCCGGUGGCACCUCGAUGAUGUCGAUGGCACCGACAGCACCUCCUCCGACCCCAAUCCAGCCAUCUUCGUAUCCGCCAUCCCCCUAUCCACCAUCCUCCUUCCCAUCGUCCUUUCCAUCGCCCCUGCCGCCAAUCCCUUCGUCUCUGAGCGGUUUCACCUCAUCGCCGGGCAUGUACCACCCAAUCCCAUCAUCGUCUCCAUCGCUAGUCUCCUCGCCUAUGCCGUUGCCGUUCCCUAUGACUCCUGCGGUCGCCAGCUUUGUCGCCACGACGUCCAUGCCUGUCUCGCAAACUACGACGCUCGUCCAGUCAGGCCCCUCUCAUCCGCCACCCCUCCAGCCGACGCAGGUCACACCGCAACCGGUGCCCAAGCAAAUGAUUCAAACUCGCCCUCCACAACCCAUGGGUUCUACAGCGGCUUCGAUUGCAACUGUGAGUCCUGUUGGAGUGAGCGGGCAACUAGUGGCGCAGGAAAACGAACAGUUCGCCAUUCAAUGGCUCAGGAAUCAUUUUGAGCCCUCGACCGUCCCCGGCCGAGGUAUCGAGCAGGGAGAGUUGUACAAGCAGUAUAUCACAGCCUGCGCUCGUGUAGGUCGGAAAGGCGUUAUUGCUCCCGGGCACUUCCCUCAGUGUGUUAAGACUGUUUUUGGUGCUAAUGUCGGACCAAAAGAAGUUAUCGCAGCUCGAGCGAAUGCAAACGGAGACUUGGGCUCAACAACAUCCCUGUUUAUCUAUGAAGGCAUUCAGGUGCGCGGGAAACCUCCUCUGGCUCCCAAUAUCCUUCCGGGACAGUUACCCUCUUCCCCUAUCUUGAAAGCUCAGCUGAGUGCACCACCAAAACCAAACGCUUCACCUCCCCCACCUCUCACCCCCAUACCUUCUACUAUUGUAAAGAAAGAUAUUAAAACCAAGGUCUCAACUCAUCCGCAUUUAAGUCAAGCGCUACUGAACGCCGGACAACAGGUACAAACGCAAACGACGUGUGCAAUUGGUACGCUUGUAACAACGGCGACAUCCUCAGUACCUGUUGCAUCAACGUCAGCAAAUGCAGCGACACCAGAGGUGACAAACAGUAAUACGUCCCUAAUCAAAAGUCUGCUCGCAAACAAGGUAUGUGAGAUCCCAUCCUCCUCCGCUCAUAGCAUGGCCGCUAACACUGCUACCCCGUGUGAAGUAACCAAUGUCUCGUCUACUGUAGGUCUUCAGGUUGUGCAACGGCAACAGCAAGCAAAAAUGUUGCAGCAACAGCAGCAGCAGCAGCAAACCUCUCAGCCUCAGGUCGUCACUCAGCAACAGCCCGCGCAGUCGCAACAGCUCAUCCUGCAGCAACAGCUGCUACAACCGCAGCAGCAAGUACAAGUACAGCAGCCGAACCAGCCGCCGGCGCAGCAAUCAGUUCCUCAACCUCAAGUACAACAACCACAAACCUCCCAGCCUCUGCAGCCUGUGGGACAGCAACCGCAGCAGGUAUCUGUCGCGGCGGCUCCAGUGAAAGGGCAGAUGUUAUCGCGGAUCAAUGGCGCUCGACAGCCAGUUCAGCAGAUGGAAAUGAAUGUAAACCAGAGGUCAGAUAUAGAUACCAGUGAAAUUCCGUUCUCAACGGGGACAACAUCCAUAGUCAUAUCUUCAGGAAUGCAAACUCAAGCCCCAGGCUCCAACAACAACGUCAAAUUAGUAAUCGAAAAUCACGGCAAAGGACCUCCGCAGCCGAAUUCACCGGGUGCCAAAUCAGAAACUAGUGAGACUUCCAACCAAAUAGCAGCAACUGUACCUCUAGAUCAAAAUAACUGUGUUAGUUCAACAGCAUAUGCAGAUGCCAAUGAAACCCCCACAAUCUCAAUAGCAGAAAGCGAAAAUUCGCUAAGUAGUUUUGAUAAUCUAAUAGUAAACGGUGUGCCUAAUAGUUUAAAUGUGGACAGCUUAACAAAUAAGACAAUAUCCAUAGGUUCUUUAUCAUCGCCAAACAAAUCCCUGAUGUUAGCGGAUCUGUUAGAGAAAACUAUAGAGAAAAACGACCCACCAGUAUUAAACGGGGCCCUGAGGAUAAGCGAUAAAGGCCUGGAGCUCGUCGAUAAAGAGGACGGCUCAAAUAAAUCGAUCAACGAACAUCGGAGUGUGAUAAAGAAAACCAUUUCAACGGAACACGAGACGGUGAUUGUGAAUAGUAACAAUAACUCAAGUAGUAAUAAUAAUGUAAGUAGUAACCCUAGCAAUGAAGUGAAGCAGAAUGGAAGCAAAGAUGGUGCAGAUAGUGAUAAGUCUAGUUGUGUAAUAGUCGGAACGAAGAGGCCGUCUAGUGAAGAAAUAUCGCAGGAUGAACCUAAAAGGCCGCAUAUCAACGGGAACAAGUCGCCAUCUCCGGAGCCUACCGAAGAAAGUGAAGUGAAAGCAUCAUCGACAGCCGCCAACUUGUAUGCAGCUUUGGCAGCCGAUCUUCUGUCGGAUUCGGAAGAUGACCCCCCAGCUCCCCAACAACCGGCCCCUCCACAAACACCACCGGUGCAGCAAGUCAUGCUUGCACAAGGAGGAGGUCACCGUGGUAUCAUUGUAGCCGCAGCGCCUGGAUCAAUGCCUCAGAGGGUCGUUAUGGGACAGCAGUACGUUCUCGCUCAACCGCAGACAGCUCUCGUACAGGGUCAAACGCAAACUGUUCUCGUUGCACAAACAUCUCAACAGCAAGGAACAGGCUCCAAGACAAUCAUAAUCCUGCACCCUCAGGGUCACCAAAUAUCGGCGAACUCACCGGGUCAACAGCAGCAGAUCCAGGGACAGAUCCAGUCGCAGCCGAUGCAACAACACACGACCACCGGCAUCCAAUCACCGGUCGUGCUCCAAUCCUCGCAACAGCCCCCGACCAAAAUCCUCGUCAGCCGUGUAACGACGAUGACGCAGAACCCUGCCCAGCAGUCCAUUGUCACGGUCCCCACCCAGACGAGUUUCGCGAGUAACGCUCCGAUCAUGGCUGCAACAGCGACGCCGCAGAUCAGGGGGAUCGUAUCGACAGUUCCUGAAGCAUCCGUCGCCACGGGUGCCGUUACCGUAGCCUCUGCAGGCCCACCGCCCUCCGUCUCACCUGCCCCAGGCAACAUCAUUCUCAACAAGCAGGUGAUCAACAAAGUGAUCAAAACGGUCGGGCAGUCUGUUCAGUCUUAUCAGCUUACGUCGGUCGGGGCAACGCCCACAACCGCAACAGUGCCGUCACCGUCUGUGCCUGUGGCACCGUCGAGAGUGACGCCGAUGGUGGUUCAGAAUAGGGGACAACCUGGACAGCCUGACGGUCACUUCCUUUGCGAAUGGAGAGGUUGUAUGAGAAAUUUUAAGUCUGCCAAUGAAGUGUACAUGCACGCUUGUGAAGCGCACUGUCCCUCUGGUACGCAAGAAAUCCAAUGUCUGUGGGAGCGCUGUGAUGCAAUGAAGAGGCGGCGAUUCUCUCUGAUGACGCAUCUUUACGACAGGCAUUGCAAUCCAGAUGUGUUGAGGAUGAUGGCGGUCCGGCGAAAACAGCUAUCCCAAAGCGGGAGGAGCGAGAUCCCUCCGCCUCCUCCACCAGCACCUCAUCCUGGCUACGCACCCAACGCAGCCUUCCACGCCAUCAAAAGACACGCUUUAGAAUUCGUAAAUCCCAAAGAACUUCAGCUAAGGGCGGUCAAGCCCGGACCUGAACCUUCUCCUGUGCCUGUUGAGCAGGACGAUAAUGAAGGCCCAGUUACAAAAAGUAUUCGCCUAACGUCAGCUCUUAUCCUACGAAACCUAGUCAUCUAUUCAACCAGUGGGAAAAGAAACCUGACAAGGUACGAACCUCAUCUAGCUAGCGUUGCAUUAAGCAAUGUCGAAUCCUCUAGAACAAUAGCGCAAGUCCUUUAUGAUAUGAGCCAACAGCAAAGCAGUCCAAGGUGACCAUCGACUUUGUAAAGAUUGCGUUUAAUUUUUUUUCAUUUGUUAUAAGUCUACUUUGUUUACCUUGCGUAAUUUUAGUUGUUUUUUUAAUUUAAUCAUAAGUCCUGGAUUCACAGAUCUUCUUUGUCUCUCUGGCUGCCUUCCGUUGGAAUGUAAAAUCGCACCUUACCUGAAGAAGAGGCAUGAUUAAAGAAUUGAAGUCUUUUUCUGUAAUUAUGACCUUCUUUUUAUUUUUAUAUUUUGAAAUCUGAGCUUCUUUGUAGUGUCAAAAAAACAGAAAAUGGCUUACAUAUCCCAAAAAAAUGUUUAAGUCUAGCAAAAGAUUCAUAUCUCCCUGUCAAUAACAGGACGGAUUUUAAUUCUCUCUUUUUAAAAUGAUCUGACCGACUGACUAAAAAUUAAAAUUUCUCUUUGUUUCUUUUUGCGAUUAGCUCUCACUGAGAAAUGAAAUAUUUUAUCCCUUUGAACUUUCAAUCUUAUGUUGCUUCCUCUUGUGUUAGUAUCUGAUAAGUAAACUUUGCCCUUAAAUUUUCCAAGUUGAUGCAGAUUUUAAGUUUAAUCUGUAUUAAGCUUCCUCUUGAACAAAUUGUGACCUUUUGUACUCUCUCUGGUUUAUACUUUUACUACAAGGACCACUGCCUUUGUUUCUGUCCUUUUAAGCUUGUCAAAAAUAACCUUUUGCUGAAUUUUGUAAAAUCCAAUCGGCAAUUACAACUUGUAAUGAAAAGAAAAAUUAGCCUAAAAGUCUAAAAAUAAAACCUUAGAUUCUUUGUAAGUAUCAAUUUUAACUUUUCUACUCUAAUUCAGAAUUCAAAUUAAACCACUCUCAUAACUAAGCAGAUAAAAGAGUAUUCCGUAUCAUGGCUUGUAGUAUCCAUGAUAUUGUACUGCUGCUUAAAUUCUCUGCUCAAGUUUUUCCAACCUUAUUUUGUCCUCUCUCUUCAUAUUUUUUAAAGAAAGAAAUAAUGGUCUCUCUUGAAUGAACUGGAUCUGUCUUCCCUGGUUUUUUGGCUCCCAGUGGUAGAUAUGUGCGCUUCAAAAUUUCCAAUUUCAUGAAAACUUUCAUUUGGGUUCUUGAAGAAUCAAUGGUGCCUCUUGACGUCAAAGUAAAAUUUAUGCAUGGAAUUGAUACAUUUCGAUUUAUCGUUAUCUUUUCAAUUUCCAAAUGCGCUCUUUCUAAUUGUUCAAUAUACAACUGGUCUGUAAUUAGAAUAUUGGGUUUUUUGUUUUGUUUUCAACAACAAAUACAUUCUUGUAAGAUGAGCCCAUUCAAUCAUUGAUGAAUUAUCAUUUUUAAAUAUUAAUCACACUUCCCAUAAACGCAUUGUUGUAAUAUUUUCUUUGGCAAAUUUUCCUCAAACUUUGGCUUGCUACCCUCCGACAUCAUACACAGAGAGAUAUUGAGUCUAGAGCUUUGGAACUAUCAAUUGGGCCAUAAACCGUAAUGUGGACAGCGUAACACAUCAGAAAACCAGCUGCUAUGGUCUCAUUUUGAAAACUACUUACCUGCCAUUGAUUGCCUCAUGCAGAUACUUGCAUUUAUAAAUGAGCCACAAAAUGGAUUCCUUAUACGCAAUUUCGCCCAAAUUGUGAUAGACCCGGAAGUUUGAUCUGAAAAGUCAGUCUAGAUUUUAAGAAAAACACUUCCUCCUAAUAUCUAAGACUCAAAUGAGUUUUGGCCGUAUUUCAAUUACAAACAUUAAGCAUCAAGAAUUUGAGCAAAGUUCAUUCUUCACGCACAAAAUCGGUGGUUUGUAUGUCCCUAGCAGAGAAGCAAAAUGAAAUUUGAUAGAAUGAACUUUCAAUAUGCUGGGAAGUGAAAUCUCUUUCCAUGAAAUUUCGAAGAUUUAAAAGGGGUUGUACUUACAACCCCAACAAUUGUGGGAGAACUUGAUUAAAAACGAAGAAAUUUGACUCAUUAUUUAAUUUUCAAAAUUAAGAUGUUACUGCGUCUAUGCAUUUCAAUUGUUGCAUCAAUUGUUGAAGUAUCGAGUAAUUUCACAAAAUUUUAUGAAAUUUCCUUGUAAAACUUCAUCUUAUCAAGUUUCAUGAAAUUUGCAUCUCUGGUCCAUAGCUUACAGAUUAUCUUGAAGGUUUGUAACAUUUUUCACAGCAAUUUUUUGUUGUGUUGCUCUGAUAUAAAUUUUUCAGUCACGCUUCGAUCUAUUGCCUCUUGGUUUUUAUGCUUCUUCAAAACUUAUAAGUUAAAUUAUGUAAUUACUUUAAUUCAGAAUGAAAAGCAGCCAAAACUGAAUGACUUUUUCAAACUUUAGUGUUGUUGAGACUGAAAAAGCUUCCGCAAUCGAUCCUGUUUUAACUUCUGAAGUUUCAAGAUAACUUUUAAUCACAGCUGAAUCCUAGAUUCCUCCCAUUUUACUUUGAAUCAAAGUAACCUCAAAUGUAGUGUGUUUGUAUAUGAAGUCUUGUGCUGAUGAAAAUAUGAAAUAAAUCUUGUUAUCGGUUUCUUUCAAACCCGAUUAUGCAAUCAGAGGUCAUAACUUGUUGAGAAAGAUUUGUCUCAAAGUAUAUAUCUGGUCACGUGAACAGUACAAGAACAUUUUCCAGUGUUUAUUGUUUUAAUUUUAAAAUCGUUCAAGAUUUUUUUUUUAAUAUUAUUUUUUAUCUAGAUUUCUGUUGUGGUUUUGUUUUAUUUAUUUACUUUAAAUUUGGUCUUUUUUGUAGAAAAUUGUACAGCACUUUCAAAGAGCAAAACCCUAGAGUAAGACUGUAAGUACAGCCGGUUGGUGUAAAUAACUUAUUUUUCUAAGUUGAAAAAGUGUACACUUUGUAUUUAUGGAUUGUAAAUUUGAAAGUAAGUUUUCAUUACUUUUUAAGAUUAUUUUAAAAAAAUGAUAUAAUUAUUUAUUGUAUAGUGUAAAUAUUCCAAUGUGAUCGUAGUUUUUUCCUCAUAUUUCUUAAAACUGUACAAAAGUCUCAGAAGCUGCAAAUUCAAGAUAUUUAAAUCAAAAUUUUGUUAAUACAUAAGCUUCUAUGUUCAAAGAAAAAGAAAGAAAUACUUACAUUUGUAAAUAUGCCUUGUACUUGAAAGGAAUACAGUGGAACUUAAUUUCAAAUUUUACUCUCCUUUUUUCCUACCCCAGUUUUUUAAAUCUGAUAGCAAAAAUUUUUGUCCUUUCUUUCAGCAGUUCAAUAUUAAUGGCAUAAAAACUUGAAACCAUGCUCCUUUAUUUGCGACGUUGCAGACUUCUUGUCAUAAUUUAUUUUUUCUUUGGAAAACUAAUCAUCGUAAUUUCUCAAAAAUCUCUUUGAGUUUUUUCUCUGUCAGCUGAAUAUUCUCCAUGAAUUUUGAGCAUUGAAGUUGCCUUGUUGCUCUGCGGAAAGUAAAAUAGGAACAUAUAUUUUAAAGUAUCGGAAUGGUGAUAUGUCGUUUCGCAACUAUACAGUUUUGUUGAUUGUCUCAUUUAAACUUUGAAAAUUAAUAGCAAACAGCCUUUACAAGAAGACAAUGAGUAAUUGGAAUGACUGUUUGAUUUUCAUUUUCAAAAUUCUAGUGGAAAUGAGUUUUCUAAUGUUUCAAUUCAUUUUGAACUUCGUUCGUUCGUUUUUCAAAAACCUCUUUAUCGUAAGGAAGUCCAACCCUUGACUCAUGUUCUAUUUUUACGAACGCUCAAAAUUUAACCAAACGUUUUAGUGUUGGCAUUGCAUUGAGAGAGAGAGAAAAAAAAAUUAGGUUCUAUAUUUAAAAAUCUAUCUCAGGAAAAAUUUGACAAUGAAGAUUUUCGCAUCAAAGUUUUCAACCAUUUUCACAAAAGUGUUUGGCACCAAGGUACACUCUACUACAGGUAUGGACAAACAGGGUGCCAAAAGUGGCAGCGCUGAGAAUAUAGGCCAUCGAGUGACGUCGCAAAUUGUACCAUCUUUGCCGCGCAGUUCAAAAUGACCCUCGAAGAGGUUCUGGCAGAUCUGGUAGCUUGAUUAAGCUAUCAGAUGAAUUUAAAAAAUUGAUAAAAUUCAAAAUAACGAAAAACUUAACCAAGAACACGAAAAAAUAACUUGAAAUUGAUGAGAACCACUCUCAGAACAGAAAGUAAACAAGUUUUCAAUAUGGCGUCGCAGUCGCACCAUUGGAUGCUGUCAAAUCUACGCUUUUCGACGACUUUCUGAAAUUCCGUUUGUCCAUGCCUGUGGUAGAGUGUACUUUGGUUUGGCACCUAAAUUCAUAUCAUGCUUUUCCCAUAUUUUUUUUUGGUCUGGCAGCUAUCAGUUCUGGAACUGAUCGCUGAUCACAUCAAUUAUACACUGAUUGGCAGCAAUCAGUUCUAGAACUGAUGAUUGGCAUUAAUCAGUUAGAACUGAUUGCUGCCAGAGUAACAUCUAUUCUGUCCCUCUGAAAGAAAUAACAGUCAGACCCUGCGUUGGAGACCAAAAUCAUGUUCAUGGAGUCACGAUGCACUUCCUUUUUGCAAGUGCACAGCUCUAUUUCAUCCAAAAGAAACCAAUUCUUCUGAUUUAUUUCAGCAACGAUAUAUUGCUGGUGAAAGUUUGAAAACACACAUUCUGGAUUGCAAUGCUGCAAAUUUUUCCACGUAUUUAACUUUUCAAAAGAUACUUUCAGAGACUUUUCAAUCAACAGUUACUCUUGAAGUUUCUUUAUAUUUUUCUUAGCCUCGUGAGUAAUAUCCUGUAAAAAAUUCAGACACUAAUAUUCAUUGGUUUGAUUUGAGUUUUGUUCAACUUCAUCAUCUCUCAUUGAUUGAGUAAUGGAUCAAACGUUUCUUUGCUGCUUUUAUCGCGGACUUGUUAAAGAAGUCUACAAUAAAAUCGGUAAGAUAAAGUUCUAUCCGUUACUAGAGAAAUUCUUUUGGAAACUAUGCAAGCAGGACAUACUUGUGUUUUUUAACUUUUACUAGCAAUUGAAUCGGUCAUUCUCAAGGAGACCUGAGUGCCAAAAUUAAAAUAAAAGAAAAAUAGGCAAAAAGCUGUUUAUUCGACCCAUUUCAAAUCUCAUAGCUCCAAAAUAUCCAAGGAUUUAAUCACGUUAUUACUUAAUCUAAGAUUUAAAACAGGUCAAUUAAUACAGUUUUUAUUGUUUCUCACAUAUUUUUGAAUCUGGCGCUCGAGCCUUUUUGAGAACGGCCGAUUAAAUUUUUCAUUUCCUUUCACAGAUGGGUACUUUGAUGAAUAAUUAAUUUAAUUAAAUAAUCAAUUUCAUCAAUGUUUUUGGUUUCUUUUUGAUGAAAUGUGUCUUCAUCAUGUACCUACUUAAAAAUUCUCUUUCUGUAGUUACUGCCCGUACUCUUGUGUCUCACUUUAGAUUGCUUGCUCAAAUCUGUCUACUUAACCAAGUAAGUAGGUUCAAGUUUAUACAGCUAUGUUUCACUUUGAUUCCGGCCAAAAAAAGGCGUGUUCCCUCCUUGUGUACAACUUACAUUCAUCUGAAAUGCUCAGGAAGUAUUAAUAGGGUACAAAGUUGAACUUAGGAAGAAAAAUUGAAGCGCUGGUUGUGGAAAAGAAAACUUCUCCAUAGCAGUGUCCUAGAAUUUCUGCUAACAUUUCAUCCAUUAUGAUCAAAGCUAUUGUAUGUAUUACGUUAGCAUCUUUUCUGAAUAUUCUUUAUAAUUCUGCAUGUCCUAAACGAAAAAUUUCAGAAAAUUCUCGGCACUUGAAUUCAUUCUUGUCACGAAGAAUUACCUACUUAAUUUUGUUUCUAAUCCAACCAAGCAACUGAUUCAAAAUUUAGUAGGCUCUUUUUGAACUUCUUGAAAUGCAAAUCUGCUUCUUAAUUUAUAAAAAAAUUACGAAAAACUCUAUUGUUAAAACUCAAAUCUUUCUGUGAGUAGAUAUUACAAGGAUCCUCAUAAUUGAUGUACAAAUCCCUCCACACUUUUCGUAGAAUGCUUUUAUAAUGUCAGAAAAUCACAUCUGUGAAUCUAUAUUGUACAUUGGAGUUAUCGAUCCUGUAAAUACUAUUUUAUCUAAAGAGAAAGGGGAAAAUGUCUCAAUUGAACUGUAUUUAGGCUUUACUUGUAGGUAAUCUCAUUUCUAUUGUAUUGAUAUUUUUUUUUCAAAGAAAGAAAAAAAAAGUUCUCAUCUU